GCUGCACCUGCGCAGAUAACCGCAGAUCUCCAAGUCAUUAGAUUCCGGGUGCGGAAGUGUGCCCUGUCUGUCCGUCUCUGUGGGCCGGGUCAUGAAACUUCAGGGGUGGGUCUCCUUCAGUAACUUAGCAGCUGGAGUUCUCUCUUCAGCAUCCUGGAGGCUGGUGGCUCUCAGCAGCAGCAGCAGCAGCAGCAGCAGCAGCCAGAAACACGUGUGUCUGUCCCGUCAGUCCGUCGCGAACAUGGCAGAGGAAGCGAAGAAACUGGCCGCUUACGCCGCGGUGGAUAACCACGUCCAGAACAACCAGGUGGUUGGAGUGGGCAGCGGAUCAACCAUUGUCUAUGCUGUGGACAGAUUAGCUGAGAGAGUGCGUCAGGAGAAACUCAACAUCGUGUGUGUGCCCACCUCUUUCCAGGCUCGUCAGCUGAUUCUGCAGCACGGCCUCGCGCUGUCGGAUCUGGACAGGCACCCAGAGCUGGAUGUGGCGAUUGACGGAGCAGACGAAGUGGACGCAGACCUCACGCUGAUAAAAGGCGGCGGCGGCUGCCUGACUCAGGAGAAGAUUGUAGCUGGCUGUGCCAAACAUUUCGUUGUCAUUGCUGACUACAGAAAGGACUCCAAGGCUCUGGGCCAGCAGUGGAAGAAGGGAGUUCCCAUUGAGGUGAUCCCCAUGGCGUACGUCCCCGUCUCCAGGACGAUAGCCAAGCGCUUUGGAGGGGAGGCCAAUUUACGGAUGGCUGUCAGUAAAGCAGGUCCUGUGGUCACUGACAACAGUAACUUCAUCCUGGACUGGAAGUUUGAGCACGCUGACAACUGGAAGGAAGUCAACACCGCAAUCAAGAUGAUUCCAGGUGUGGUGGAGACUGGGCUUUUCGUCGGCAUGGCUGAACGAGCCUACUUCGGGAUGGAGGAUGGAAGCGUGCAGGUUCGAGAUCCUCCGGUCAACUAAGAGUUUGCCAUGUUCACGGCCGUCCCUCCUCCCCGAAUGACCUCACUUUUACCCACAAGUGCCGUGUUUAUGAUUUACACCUGGUCUCAGACUGUGUUUGGACAGAGCUGCACCUCCUGCAGAACUGGACCAAACUGUAGCUGGGCUGUUUUCCCACAUCUCAAAGCCAGAUACAAUUGAGGAUCACUUGGUUUUUCUCAUCCUGCAGGUGAUGCGUCUGACACUGUGAGUUUUAAAGUGCCUGAUGAGUAAAAUCAAGUGCAUCUGAUAUGCUUAGUGGUUGUUUAUUUUUUUCCAUCUGUAUUGUUCCUCAGUUUGGCUGCCUGGUCUCACUGGGAAUGUUGGCUCUUCCUGUGAUUAGCAGGUUUGACUAAAUGUCUGCUAAGUGCUGUGAGUCACUGCAGUGCCGCAGAAUGAAACUAAGGUGUGCCUUGAGAUUAUAUUUUCAGUCAUAUCAAAAGAAAUGAUGCUAUUAAAGACAUAGAUUUAAAAGUUUAUAAUCAUACGUCAAACUAUUGCCAUCUGCUACUGUAGGCUGCUGCAAAUAACAGAAGUCCACUCGUCAAGUGAAGGCUCAAGACAUUGUAAGCAGUCAGAAAGCUGAUCUGCCUUGAAGUCAUUUGGUUUAAUUAGAUCACAGAAAGAGGAGUAAUAUGAACUAUAUUCGACAACAUCAAGAAGUUAUACUUUACAGAAUUAAUUUCUGUAAUUAAUGUGCUAAUUUAAACUGAAAAAAAGCU